GGAGAAGGGGGAGUGUUGAGAGCAGUCGGCGGAGGCAGAGAGACAGACAGAGUGAGAGAGAGAAAGGCUCGGAUCUCUGGUGGCUCCGGAUCGCUGAAAUUGAUCAGGGAGACAGGAAACCAAGCGGAGUGAAAUUGACGAGACCACCUCCAUCCAGAGAAUAAGGAGAGAGGAGGCUCCUCCCCACCAACCUUCAGUGUUCAGCUGGGAUCCUGCAGCAGAACUGCCCCCGCUCUCCAUCCUCUGUGUGUGACACCAUGGGCAAGCUCCCAGCGCUGUGCUUGUGCCUGCUCAUUCCCAGUCUGUGCCACAUUGUAGCGACCUACCACACAUCGCGACAGACUCAAGAUCUGGCAACGUUAACAGAUCUCGAAGGAUCAGGCUCAGAUGAUGACGAUGAAAGUGUUUACUCUGGUUCUGGAGGGUCAGGAUACUUUGAGUUUGACUCUGAGCUGCGGUUUACCACCAGUAUGGCCCGGCCAGUUACCUCUCCGCCCUCCACCACUUCCUUCGGCUCACUCCAGCCGAUUGCCUUCACCUUCCAGAGUACUGCCCUGGCAGGCGGCAGCGCGGCCAGUUCACCCACACCCUCUGCCUCCGCUCUCACCGUGGCAGCGGGCACGACAAUAGCGCCAGUCCCCAUCACGAUGCCAGCCGCUGCCUCCACCACAACCAUCCUGACAACGACCACAAGCACCACGACAAGCGCCAGUACCAGCACCGUCGCCAUGCCGACUGCCCACACCAUUGCCAUUGUGCCACUCGCUACUGCAGCAGCAACCACAGUGCGGCCAAUCACGAGGAGUGCCACCAGAGUCAGUGAUGUGGCCAGACCAGCGUCGACAGCAGAUCCACACACAAGCCGGGCCUCAUUGGCAAGCUUCACAGAGAGCACUUGGAAAACCCUCUCUCAUGUCCCUUACAUCACAGAGCACACACAGAAAGAUGACUCCAGUGAAAUAAUCAAAGGGACAACUGUCAACAACGAAGUGGAAUCUCUUGCUGCAGGAGGUCCGAGUGGAGACUUUGAAAUCACUGAGGAAGGGGAAGUGAUAAAUCCAGAGGCAAAUAAUGAAGUAUUUGCUGUCGUCACACAACCAAUCGGGAGGGGUACUGGGAUGAACGGCCUCCCCGAUAUGAUAGACAAUGCAAUCGAUUCGGGGAGCUCAUCUUCAGCUGCACAAUUACCCCAGAAAAACAUACUGGAGAGGAAAGAAGUUUUAGUAGCGGUGGUCGUUGGGGGGGUGGUCGGAGCACUCUUUGCUGCCUUCCUGGUCAUGCUAUUGAUCUAUCGAAUGAAGAAAAAGGACGAGGGAAGCUACACAUUGGAAGAGCCGAAGCAGGCGAGCAUAGCUUACCAAAAACCUGAGAAACAGGAGGAGUUCUAUGCAUAAACAAAUCAAGAGUGCCUCUCAUUGCCUGGACUGUCAACAGAUUGUUUCCGAAAUAAAAACAAAAAGAGUAAAUGAUCCCAAAUAAUGUCACUCGAGUAAAAUUCUGCUGGGCAGCAGUCAUGUUUUAAUGCUGGUAUUUUCUCACGUGUGUUGUUGAAUUUCCUGUCGUUGUCCAAGCCAAGCCUUCUAAAGGAGUCUGUACUAAUGGGCUAUAAAAUGCAAAGCACAACUGCUUAUAGACAACUGCCACACAUCAUUAGAAUUUAUGUAUAGUGCAGAGCAUUGGAAAUAGUCCCAGUGGUUGAGAGGUGCUGAAGGCUCAUAUAAUUAAGAGAAAAUAGCUUUUUUUGAAAAAGUCAGUUUUGCUCAUUUAAAAUGGUCAUGUUUUGUAUCUGAUUUAAACAGUAGUGCAGUGUCAAAAGUUGUUCUCAAACCUUCAGAAAUUCUGUGAGCAAUAUCUUGGUACCAUGUUAUCAGUUGUUUUCUGUUCUUGAAUACAUGUAAUAUAUAUAUAUAUAAUAUACACACGUGAAAGUGCUUGACUGCCCUCUGAAAAUAGACAAUCAAUAUCUGAUGUCUAUACAGUUACUGUACUGAAAUUGUAUGAAAGCUAAAUGAAAGAGUAUUAAAUUCUGAUAACGUAGCUGAGGUUUGAAGGUCACGAAAUAUAUCCUUAAAUUAAUGUUGCUGAAUUUUUGAUACAUUUGUGUCAGACUAAAUAAAAAAAAGACUUGUUUUGAAAAACGUUUUCCUAUCAUUAACGCCUUGUUCCCUGUGAUUCAGCCAAGGAUUGGGAGAAUUUGAUUUGAGGGAUGGAAUUAUGAUCACAAUCAACAACAAAAAAAAGCAAAAAAAUCCACCCUGCAAAAUUAUGCCUGUGUCUGGAGCACAAGCUCUGAAUGCGUCACAUUCUGCAAUUACAGUAGCCACCUUUGGAAUGAAUUGCAUCCAACCCUUGGGAAGAAAACACUGAGAAAAGAUGUGAGUGAGCGGCGGGAGUCUUCUCCCCAUUCCACUUCUGUUAUUCUACAACCCAUCUCUGGUUGCUCUUCUCAAUUGCCAGAAUCCCUUUUCUCUUUCUCUCUCUCAUACUCCUUUCUUUUCCCUUUCUUUCCUUCUUUCUCUUCUCUCUCCACCUUCUCACCUCUUUCAUUCUCCCCCUUAAAACAAAAGCGAGGGAACAGUAUCAUUAGAUAGUACUCUUCUACUCUAUGUGUCUUGACAAUUUCCAGUGCCAAAAUAUUAAUAGGUUCUUUGUUCUUGCUGUAAACGUUGGGAUUGCCUCAUCUCACAAAUAAUGACUUCUCCUGUAUCCUACUUAAUAAGAGGAAGUAGUGUUGAAGACUCCAACACAAAUGAAUCAGAAGGAAGUUGAACACACAAGACUUGGGGAACUGUAGGAACAAUUUGAUGUAUCUAUGAGAAAAUUGGGUGAGACAAUGUGACAAACCCGCUGAGAGUAAAUGUUAAUCUUUUGCCAUCUGAAUGUCUUUGUUUCUUGAAGUAUGUCAAAUAUCAAAGAUAAAAACAACAAAAAGGUCAAAGUUCAUUAGCCACAAUGGCUCAUGAAAUGUAGCAUGAUCAGUAAAGUUUAUUCAGUCGGAUUUGGAGUGCAUUAAAGACUUGUUGAAUUGACAUAUUGUCUGGGGAGGUAUGAUGCAGAUAGAGAAAUCUAAUGCGAUCAAUGCAUUGAGAAAUUUACAUCUGGACCAUUGAGAUUGUCGCCAGGAUACAUCUGGUUUUGGAGCAUAGGAGAGAUUUCAACAUCAGAAAUGUGAAAUGAACACAAAAGCAAAAUGUGCAGUUUGACGGUCAACGUGUGGAAUGAGCAAGGUCAAGACAACACAUUGGUUGAAGACUUCAACCAGUUUUUGAAAAUUCAAUCUGCCUUUGGCCUGCAGAAUAUUGAAUGAGCUGCAUCUGUUUGGUUUAAUAUCCAGUGUUAAUGGUUUCUCCUUUUAUCCCUGGGGAAAUCGCUGAAGAUGUGACUGAUAAUCUCAGAAAACCCAAACAAUUGUCGCCUUCCUUGUUACAAUCUUUCUUGACAGUAAUGUUGCUGGAAUUAACUUUUGGUUGAAGCUAUGGUGGCUCUACCUACCCAACACCAAUAUCAGGACAAUAUGAACACAGUGUCCAAGGAUCUCCUUUGAGUUUAAACUAAAGACCCUUGUGACUUUUAAUUUGGCUUAAAUAGUGUGAACGUUGGUAUCAACCAAGUGGUAGUUACAAGUGAUAAAGAAAACCACUUUAAUACACUUUGUCAGCUUUUCCGUUAUAAAUCUUAUGUUUCAAAUUUGUAAUGUAAACUUGUCGGAUUGUAAUUGUGUUUUUCGCCAGUGGAAGCACAACAGUGCCAUCACUGGCAGAAUUGUGUAAUCAAAACAGAGUAAAGAUUACAGUGACACUUUCCAUAA